AUAAAACAUAAAUUUUGGCAGAUAGCUUUUUUUUCUCCUGUUUCAAAUAAAAAUUUAUAAUAUGUAUUCCAAAAAUCCGAACAGAUCGGAUUCAUCAGAUCUAAAUACCACUAUGAUCUACUAUCCAGAAGAGUAUGACUACUCAAUCCACUAUGAAAACGAAAUGAGACAAUACAAACCCGCAGCUCCUCAUAGAGCUUUUGCAGGAACCUCUAACAAAAUGCACACUUUUAACUACUUGAACGAACGGAAAUGCCCGAUUUACGUGCACGAAAUCAAAAAAAAUUCUAGUGUUUUUAAUAACUACAACCAAAAAUUAACAACUCCACGACGAACAAUGUUUCAACGAAAUACUACACAAAAUAAUUCCAAAUUUGUGCUGGAUAAAUUGGAGGAAACUUACUGGGCCACUUGGAAACCUAAAAAAGAUUCACCGAGACUGAAUUUUAUUGCAUCUGAUUAUUCUACACCAAGAUUUCAAGGACACAAUAAAGGUUCCAGUCUUCACGAUGGCGUUAUCAGUGAUGACGUAAUCAAAUAUUUCAAAGCUGAAAGGUUCGAUUCGAGCAGCACCACUGAUUCUGCUAUAAAAGAAAUUAACCAGAAAAAAGUUCAUCCAAUAAAAAGUCACGUAAUUAAAAGAAAAACUAUAUCGAAUGAAAGAAUUAAGGCGGACAAGGAAGAUAAAAAAUUGCAAAGACCCACUAACUCUAGACAAAUAAAAAUGGUUAAAAAUGAAUGUCACGAAAUACAAACUGAAGUGCAUUGCCCGAUUAUUUUAGAAGAGAAUAAAGUACAACCAGGAACAAAUAUCAACGAUAAUAAUAUUGAUAAUACGGAACCCGAGAGUAAAACUAUUGAGGAAACAGUUGUCAUUGAAGCUCAACCAGCAAAUAAGAGCAUUAACAAACCAAAAACAAAAAAGGAAAUUAAAAAACUCAAAUUAUUGGGCAAAAAUAAGACCAAAAAAGAAAUCGCAGCUACUGACAAUAACGAGGCAAAUUCACAAGAAGGUACUAAUUCCACCCUGUUUGUUGAACACAAAGAUUCUAUAGAGGUAAUUAAAAAACAACAAGAACAAUCGGGACCAAGAGAGCAUUCCCAACAACCAAAAUCCAUAAAAUUAUAUAGAAAAUCUGGUUCCGCGACUGGAUACAUCAGAGGUGGCACGUACCCGUUGAAAUCUUGCUUGAAAAGGGACAGUGGCCCGAAAGGUAAAUUUAAAUUGGGCCCGCCUGGUAGUCCAUUGUUUGUUACUACUAGUUCAGAUAAAAGGAAAUAAACAAUUUGAUGGAUAAUUUAGCUUGUUUUGGGUUAUUGAGCCAGGGUGUUUUGUUUUUUAAAUGCUAUUUCUAUAGAUUUUAGACUGAUAUAUUAUGUUUUCAACAGUUGAGGCAUUUGACAAGGAAGCAAUAUUAUAAGAUUGAAUCAAUCAUGUAGAAAUAAACGUUCAAGUUACUAUGUCAAUAUCCAUCUGGAUUCUGGAGCAGAUCAUAACAAUCCAAAUUUAGUUGUUCAGAUGAGCUUCCUGAUACAUAUUACAGUAAAGUGAACCUCCGUACAUACAUGGAUAUUCUGAAAUUUACUCCAUUUACACCUACUUUGUCUAGUCCUUUGUUAAGGUGAAUUAACGCACCAUCUUUUACUCUUCUUCUUCGUUGACCUUAUCCAUUCUGGA